AUGGGCGAAGCAUCUAUCUCUCCUGUGUAUACAGAGGACCCUACCCUCAAUCGGAAGCCAAGCUUCAAGCUGUCCUUUACCGAUACUACACUUCAAACAUGUCGCAGAACGCAGAACCUCUUGAAUAAAGGCACACAAGUCUCUUUGGAUGGUCAAUUUCUAGACUUAGGCGCUGUUGUGGCCGUUGCUCGCCAUGAUUGCAAUGUGGCUAUGACCACAAAUCCACAGGUUCUUCAAGCCUUGGAAGAAAGUGUGGAUCUUCUGAAUCAGAAGCUCAACCGGGGUGAGAUUGUUUACGGAGUCAACACUGGCUUCGGGGGUAGUGCAGAUACUCGAACGAACAACUAUAUUGCUCUCCAGCAGGCAUUAAUUCAACACCAGAACUCAGCGGUAUUACUACCAUCUGACAGAGGACGAGAGGCUUCCCGCCACGUGAGCCUUCAUUCCCUGAAAAGUCACAGCAUGCCUAUACCGGUAGUCAGAGCUGCAAUGCUUGUGAGAUGCAACUCCCUGCUACGUGGUCACUCAGCUGUCCGGCCACAGGUGAUUGAGCACAUGAUCGCCUUCCUGUGCAACUCCAUGACCCCCGUGGUUCCCCUCAGAGGGAGUAUUUCAGCCUCGGGAGAUCUAACGCCGCUUUCAUACAUCGCCGGCGCACUAGAAGGGAACCCGGACAUAUCAAUUCACACGCCAAAUGGAGAAAUAAUAGGGGCUGACCAAGCUCUCCGAGAGAUGAAAUUGGAGCCCCUGGAUUUUGCUCCUAAAGAAGGGCUCGGACUAUUGAACGGAACUGCAUUUAGUUGUGGUGCGGCAAGCUUGGUCAUGUUUGAAGCCAAGCAGCUAGUCCUCCUUUCCCAGCUUUUAACAGCUAUGGGAACCGAAGCAAUGAAAGGUAUGACAUCUAACUAUCAUCCUUUCAUUGCAGCAGUACGCCCUCACGAUGGUCAGAUUGAGGCAGCAAAGAAUAUAUAUAAUUUCCUGAGUGACUCAAAACUGGCCACCCCGGCUGGAGGACCCGCACACCAUGGUCUGGCUCAGGAUCGGUACGCUCUACGAACAGCUACGCAGUGGAUUGGUCCGAAUAUUGAGAACAUGGCUUUGGCAUUCGACCAGAUCCGGGCUGAACUAAACUCAACAACGGAUAAUCCACUCAUCAACCCGGCGGACGGAGAAAUCUACCACGGUGGUAAUUUCCAGGCUACAGCGAUCACCUCGUCUAUGGAAAAAACAUUGAGCGCGAUGCAAAUGAUAGGGAAGAUGAUCUUCUCCCAGUGCUCUGAGUUGAUCAAUCCCGCCUUGAGUAACGGCUUGCCCCCGAACUUGAGCAUGGACGACCCAAGCCUGUCGUUCGCGUUCAAGGGCAUAGAUAUCAACAUGGCGUCUUACACAUCGGAGCUUGGAUAUUUGAAUCAUCCUAUCAGCAAUCACGUUCAAUCAGCUGAGAUGCAUAACCAGGGGAUCAAUUCUCUGGCAUUCAUCAGCUGUCGUUAUGCUGGUGAUGCUGUCGAAGUGCUAUCGCUGAUGCUGGCAAGCUAUUUAUACGUCCUGUGCCAAGCCGUGGAUCAACGUGUGCUCCAAGAAGAAUUCAUCAAGGAUGUACGCCCCAAGAUUGAAAGCAUUACGGUGAACGUUUUCCCGUCGGCCGCUCCUGCGCACCUUGAGAAAAUCCAAGCGACCGUUUGGGAGGAGCUCAUGCAUCACUGGGACCGAAGCAGCACAAAAGAUCUUCGCGACCGCUCUGUGACGACGGCGAAUCACUCAGUGGGCGCCUUCCUUAGCCUCCUUCCAGAUGCUGGCAUUUCGCAAGACAUGGUAGCCGGGCAGUGGAAGAACAGCGUGGCCGAUACUCUGCAGCAGAGCUAUGAUGCCACGCGGACUAAGUUCCUGGCCGACCCCCCAACAAAAGGAUAUCUCUGCAGUACAUCUCAGAAGCUGUACACGUUUGUCCGUGAUGAACUGAAGGUGCCAACGCACAGGGGAAUUGAGGCUCACCCGACAUACAACAGAGCAAAGUCUCAAGGAAAGGAGUCCAUCGGCUCCCAAGUGAGCAAGGUCUACACAGCGUUGCGCGAGGGGAGAUUUGGGGAGAUACUGACAAGCUGCUGGUAG